AUGUCGAACCCUAUCUCUCCUCCUCCUGGGCUUGCGAACGGAGCUGCGACACCGGCGACUGCAGCUGCGAUCGCGAAUGAAGAAGCACACAGUGUGAUUGGUAUCAACUUUGGGAAUGCUUAUGCGAGCAUUGCAGUGAUCAACAAGGAAGGCCGCGCGGAUACGAUAGCCAACGAGGACGGCGAACGACAAAUAGCAUGUGCAGUCUCCUUCCUUGGGUCAGAGACGUACAUUGGUAACCAGGCGCUUCCCCAGUUGGUCAAGAACAGCGGGAACACGAUCCUUGCCUUCCGGAACUUCCUCGGUCUUUCCUUCUCCGAGAUCGGGGAGCAGUCACCGCUCAGCGCCCAGCUGAAGGAUGUGGAUGGCGUGCCGACUUACGUGGUCUCUGUUACUCCUGAGCCGGAGGGAGAGGCGCAGGAGAAGACGCUCACAGUACGGGAAGUGACUGUCCUCUUCCUACGCUCUCUCCUCCAGUCCGCACAGGACUUCCUCAGCCACAGGAUCAUCAAGGGCGCCGUUCUCUCCUGUCCUUCAGACUGGUCAGUAAAGCAGAGGGACGCACUCCUGGAAGCAGCCAAAGACGCAGGGAUCAACGUCAUUACCCUGAUGGACCCGGCUGCCGCCGCCGUGCUCGCAUACGCACCGUCCUCUGCUUCACCCGCCUUGCCUACCGACACAAAGUCCGCUGCGAACGGAAGCGCAGCCCCUGAGCCGCACCCCGUUCCUUCCGACCGCCGCACACUCGUGCUCGACAUCGGCGCUUCCUCAACCACCGCGACCCUCCUCUCCGUCUCGCACCACUCGCUCGUGCACGCCCUGCACCAGUCUACGGACUCGACCCUCGGCGGAAAGCAGCUCGACUCUGUCCUGUUAUCCCACUUCGCCAAGGAGUUCAGCAAGAAAUCCGGUGUUGCCCUCUCCCCAACGUCGACCACCCCUGCAGACCUUCGCGCGCUGGCAAAACUCCGCGCUGCCUGCGAGCUGACAAAACGCUCUCUCUCGGCCACACAGGGCUCGGCUACGCUCGACGUCGAGAGUCUCAAGGAUGGGAUGGACUACCACGGGAGUAUCAAUAGCCUGCGAUUUGACCUCCUCGCUCGGUCAGUCUAUACGCGCAUGACGGAUCAUGUGCGUGCGUGCCUCGGGGAGGCAAAGGUCGACCCGACCCAGAUAGGGGAGGUCAUCCUCGUCGGCGGCACUGCUUCCCUGCCCGGGAUCGCCGAUGCCCUCCAAACGCUGCUCCCCGACCCGCCAACAGUGCUGAGCAACUCUAUCCCGCCCGGCAACGUCGUCGCUGUAGGAUGUGCGCUCCACGCACGGUUGACGGUCACCCACCCGCCACCGGUGAGUGCCGGGUCAGAGGAAGAACAAGCGAUCCUCAAGGGUCAGGCACUCUCCCUGCCUAUUGGACUCGUCUUCCCCUCUGCUGGGGAACCGGUUUUCUGGCAGGUGAUCAAUGCGGGCACCCCUCUCCCAGCGCGUAGGAAAGUGCGCAUCCCUGUGCCGUCCAGUAUCUCCAAGCUUGGGUUUGAGUUCUGGGAAGGGAAGGAGGAAGUCAAGGUGGAGACCAUUGUACCUCCCAAGGUUGAGCAAGACCCAGAGGACGAGGAAGAAGAAGAGGAAGAAGAAGAGGAAGAAGAGCCAGAGGAAGUUCGCACCCUGCACUUGGUGCCUUCCACACACCUGUGCUCUUUGCUCCUGCCCGUCGCUCACCCGGUUCUCGCACAAGAAGGGAAGAAGAAGAAGUCUGCGGAGAAGACCACUGAGGCGGAGGUAGAGGUCGUCGUUGCCCAGGAUGGGAAAAUCAGGGCCAGGGCAUGGGUUGUCGGGCAGAAGAAAGUAGAAGUCGUCGAGGCUGACGUGGAGGGGUGGUAG